GCAAAUACUGAAGUUAAUAAUAGAGUUGAAAUUAGAAUUAUUAAAUCGCACGAGAAAACUAAUAGUAUGGCUACUGACGUGAAUACCUUACCCCGUUUUUAUUCCGACGACGCAAGGGAAACCUUUUUAUCUACCGCUAAAAUACAAUUGAAAUCUUCUUCACUGUCUGGUACAAAUUUGAAUUUACCUUAUGAAUGGCACACCACAGUGUUAACGCCACCUAGCAGUCCGGUUCCUAUUGAAGUAGAAGAAAGUACACGUCUAACUUUCAAAGAGCAGUUGCAUGAUGCUUACUUAAAAAAGUGUACAGAUGUCCUUGACGCUGACGCAUCUAAUGAUUUGAAGACGAAUUUGGAUAAAUUUAUGUCAUCUGAACGUUACCACAGUCAAUGUUUGCAUCAGCAAAAACAACAAGAACAAGAACAACAGCGAAAGCAACAACAAGGAGAAAUAGGUAAAUAUGGAAUUUGAUGCCAGACGAAUUUUAUAAAGCCUUAUAAAGCUUAACGAUAGCACAUAAGCGGGCCGCGGAGUAAAUAAUUUACAUAUUCUGAGAUUUCAGAGUUCUACUUUAGCCAGACUGCAUAACAGUUUCUGGUUUCUGAUUACCUAAACAUCAAACCUUUCUAUCGCCGACAAUGAUUAAAUUGCUUAUGAUGUCAGUAAUAAGCAUAUAGCCUGUGUAGUAUGUAUAUGCAGCCAAUUAAAAAUCCAUCCAAAAACAUUACUUUUAAAGCACUGCUCAUCAACAUUUUGCCAUCUUUCUGCCAGCAUAAGAAUUUCGUGCUCCGUGCGAGAAACCAUACAGAAUAUUUGCAAAAAAUCACACAUUUGGACAACUCCAUAAGAACCAGCAUGGGCCGAAACAAGAGUUAAUCAAAAGAAACAAGGUCCACCUGUUACAGCCAGACGAUUGAAAUUGAGCGCUUCUAAAGCUCCCCAUAACCGAACAUUCUUCAACUAGCACACGCUUCACCACUUUAAUAGUUUUAGUAUAUUUCGAUCCUUCGCUCGUUAAUGAUCAGCGUAACUUUGUAAGCUAUGCUUGCCAGUACUGCGGUCAGUGGUGAUUUCGCAUAGAGUUAAAGCAGCUUAUAAUGCACCAUGCUAAUCUGAUUCCAUCAAAUACCGAGCAUGUUUCGCCUUCAUCACUAAUGCCUGCCUAUCGGAUGAAAAUGGCGUGUCCGACCUUCGUUAUUCGUCACAAUUCACUAGCACUUUUCUUGGAGUUAAUUAGGAAUAAAAACAUCUUCCUCGCAAGGCUUUUCUUUAGCUCACAAUACGAUAGCUAUAAAAAACUUGAAACGAAUGCGUUACGUACACUUUACUGGCGCGUAAGAUAUAAAAAUUGUGCCUUUACCUGUAGACUUAAAAAUAUUAUCUAAUAUCACAUGAUAUCAGAUAUGCGUCCACAGGACUGUCCAUAUUAUAAAUAGUACUAGUUAUGCGCCAACAGUACUACCCAGUAACGUCAACUGAUAGUUGGGCGAUAUUUUAAAAAUCUGGAUGUGAUUUAAGUUUUAAGUUAAAAGAUCUGUUGUCUGCAGAGUAUUUCGCGUAUCGAUGUGAAUUUCCCUCAUAUCCAUUUUUGUAAAUGUGGCUAACAACGCUGUUGUUAAACGCAGUUUAAAUUUAAUACUUUUAUAGAACUAGAUAGAUAGAAGAUAGAUUUUAUGGCGACUAAAGCAAUUAAAGGACACUUUAUUCAAGCAAUUCCCCCAAUUAGCUCAACCAACACAAUUGAAUA